AUGCAAACAUUCAAAUUGAACGCCGAUUCAUCAGAAGGCUCAGGUACCCUGCAGAACGUCUUGGAUGUAGUCAGACAAGGGGCCUCGAGUCAAAACCGUGUCAUCUAUCGUCACCAGCAACUCGUUGAAGAGAAGGACAAGAUUGUGCAGUCCAACGAUUCUCACAGGGUAUCUUCAUCGGCUAUUUUGCGCUUGCCCACCGAACUCCUCGCCAAAAUCUUCCUAAACUGCGUCCCAGAAGACCGACAGCGGACGCCUGCACCAAAUUUGGCCCCCGUGCUGUUGACCACAGUAUGUAGACGAUGGAGAGAGGUUGCUGUGGACAUGACGAUUCUAUGGCGCAGUCUGCGAGUAGAAGUCGGACAUGGUGACUGGCAGAAGAAAGCUUUCUGCUACGACUCUUACCUCAAGCGAUCACGAGGGCAUCAGCUCUCGUUGAUACUCGAGAUUCGUGGCGACUACCGGGCGGAAGUGAAAAGCCUGCUCCAGCCAUACGUCGAUCAAGUAUCGUCGUUGUCUGUUGAGUUAUUCCCUGGUGCUACCUCCUGCCCAGUCGUGGCGGCGGACUUCAGCAGGCUUGAGGAGCUGGUCAUGUACAUGUACCUUUCUGGUGCUGUAGACACCGUCGCGCACUCUGUCGCACAAUUACCGCCCAACAUUCACAGUCUGAAGUUGGUGAACGUGUGGCUUACCUUCCAGGAGUUAUCUGACUUCAAUCCUCUUGGAUGGGCUGGUCUUACAAGUCUUGAGAUCAUGGUGGAAGGACCACAUUUCUUCCCUUGCUUGCUCCGUUUAUGUCCCAAUCUCUCAUCCUUGACGAUGAUUGGGACAUCCACGGGAGCAAUCGAGCGCUCGGAAACGUUGAAGCACACCAAACUUCAAACUUUGCGCUUAUAUGACUUACCGUUUUUCGAAACGCAUGCGGAUGCGGCCAGAAUCCUUGGGCUAUUCAAUGUCGUGACGCUCCCAAAUCUACAGAUGGUCGAGGUUCGCAAUACAGGACAAUGGUCUCACGAAGAGUUCAAGGCGCUUUUGGUACGGUCACAGUGUCCCCUAGAGCGCCUGGUCUUUGGUAGGGGAGUGAUGACAACGGAACGACAGCGAGCAGAAUACGCUACCCUUUACCCUUCACUCAAAGUAGUGACAAAACCCCGUUUGUUCCGCAUUUAA